AUGUCGCCAACAAAAACUGCUCUAGUCAUUCUGGCCGAUGGAGUGGAAGAGAUGGAAGCAGUGAUUCCUGCUGAUAUUCUGAGGCGUGGUGGAGUUGAAGUGACUUACGCUGGUCUGGAUGGAGCUGGAAAGGUAACUUGUUCAAAGAAGACAGUGAUCACGCCAGAUAGUGCACUGAACGACGUCAAGUCAAAAACGUUCGAUGUCGUAGUCUUACCUGGAGGUUCCAAAAGCAGUGUCUCGCUAGCUGCGGUGGGUCUGGAAUAA